UCUCCCCGCAGGUUCGCCGUGGUGCCGGUGGCGCUGGGAGCCGCUGGCCUCAGCGCUGUGCUGCUGCUCUUCCCCCGGGAAGACGAGAACCCGCCCGCCGCCGCCGAUGAGAUCGUGGACACCUUCUUUAUUGGUCGCUUCAUCCUCCUGGCCGUGAUGAGCCUGGUCUUGCUUGGGUGCCUGUUCCUGCUCCUGCUCCACCACGUCAUGGAGCCGGUGUACGCCAAGCCGCUGCGCAGCAGCUAG